UUUCUAUAUAAACCAGUACGGUGACCAGAUUAUCAGUGUACAAGAAUAGAAGACAGUUUAAAAUACAAAGUGAAGAUGCUGCUGGAUAAGCUUUGGGACGACGGCGUUGGAGGCCCUCACCCUGAACGUGGCCUUGGCAAGCUCAGGAAGAUCACCACUCAACCCUUGAACAUCAAAGAUGGUGAAGGAGAGUCAAGCAGGUACCAGAGAUCUCUCUCAAUGCCCGCAAGUCCAGCGACACCGACGACUCCAGUGACACCAACGACACCAGUAUCGGCGCGUAAGGACAACGUGUGGAGGAGCGUGUUCCACCCGGGUAGCAACCUUGCCACUAGAGGCAUCGGGGCUGAGGUGUUCGACAAGCCCGUCCAUCCCAACUCCCCCUCUGUUUAUGACUGCAACCAAACAAAGGCCAGAAGGAGGGAGGAAAACGUGGCAGUCUGCCUGAUGAGCGCGUUGAAAUAGAUCUUUUGAGCUCUACAGUGGCGAGACAAGGAGCAAGAACCACCAUCACUAAGAUGAAGUGAUGAUGAUGAUGGGUUACCAACUGAUGUAAAUAUGGUCGUUUUGUUUUGAGUGUUGGU